CAGCCUGGCAGCAGCGCGGCACAGGCAGGGAGCAGGCAGGGAGCCGAGGGUGUGUUGCCUCUAAGCUGGGUAUUCUGGCAAGGUGGAGAGCUGGUCUGUUUGGCAGGACCUUCCCAUCUGGGAUCCAUCUGUGUUUCCCUGGAAUCGGACAGGCGGCUCCAGGCAGUGAGAAAUCGCAGAUGUGCGGGACCUGACACAUGUCCAGCUAAUGAAAGGAGAAGGCAGGCUGGGCUCCGGCUGCGCUCGAAGAUCACGAGCGGAGGAGGAGGAGGAGGAGGAGGAAGAGCGCUUUUCUUUCUAUUUCAAAGAAACUAGGUGUAUUCAACAGCAGCUGGAUCCUUGCAACCUCGCCGGUUAGGUUGCUGGUGAGAAGAGGGUGCCAGUGAUGCCCGGAUCGCCCGUGGAAGUGAAGAUACAGUCCAGGUCCUCUCCUCCCAACAUGCCACCGCUGCCCCCCGUGAACCCCGGCGGACCCCGGCCCGUGUCCUUCACUCCGACUGCACUGCCCAAUGGAAUCAACCAUUCCCCCCCAACGCUGAAUGGAGCCCCAUCCCCGCCCCAGAGGUUCAGCAACGGCCCUUCCUCCUCCUCCUCCUCCUCGCUGACAAACCAGCAGCUCCCAGCCACGUGUGGUGCCCGGCAGCUCAGCAAGCUGAAGCGCUUCCUCACCACCCUGCAGCAGUUUGGCAACGACAUCUCACCGGAGAUCGGGGAGAAGGUCCGGACCCUCGUCCUGGCACUGGUGAACUCGACGGUGACAAUCGAGGAAUUUCACUGCAAACUGCAAGAGGCGACGAACUUCCCCCUGCGGCCGUUUGUGAUCCCCUUUCUGAAGGCCAAUCUCCCGCUGCUGCAGCGGGAGCUGCUGCACUGUGCCCGUGCUGCCAAGCAGACACCUUCCCAGUACCUGGCACAGCACGAGCACAUCCUGCUCAACACCAACACCACGUCCCCCGCCGACUCCUCUGAGCUGCUCAUCGAGGUGAAUGGCAAUGGGAAGAGGCACAGUCCAGACAGGAGGGAAGACAGCAGCUUUGAGAGGGAACCGCUGCCGACAGAGCCCCCGGCCAAGAGGGUGUGCACCAUCAGCCCCGCGCCCCGGCACAGCCCUGCCCUCACCAUCCCCCUGAUGAACCCCAGCGGGCAGUUCCACCCCACCCCGCCGCCCCUCCAGCACUACACCUUGGAAGAUAUCGCCACCUCCCACCUCUACAGGGACCCCAGCAAGAUGUUGGAGCACAGAGAGAUCCGGGACAGGCACGGAGGGCUUGGUUUGAAUGGAGGGUACCAGGACGAGCUGGUGGAUCACCGCUUAACGGAGAGGGAAUGGGCUGAUGAGUGGAAACAUCUCGAUCACGCGCUCAACUGCAUCAUGGAGAUGGUGGAGAAGACGCGGCGCUCCAUGGCCGUGCUGCGGCGCUGCCAGGAGGCCGACCGGGAGGAGCUCAACUACUGGAAGCGGCGCUGCAGCGAGACGGCGGAGCCGCGCAAGGCGGGCGCGGAGCUGCUCUCCCGGCACAGCCCCGGCAGCUCCGACUCCGUGGGCAGCGAUUCACUGCGGGAGUUCAGCAGCAGGUCGGGAACGGGCUACGUCACUGAGGAGAUUUGGAAAAAAGCUGAAGAAGCUGUGAACGAGGUGAAGCGCCAGGCCAUGUCGGAGGUGCAGAAGGCGGUGGCGGAGGCGGAGCAGAAGGCGUUCGAGAUGAUCGCCUCGGAGCGGGCGCGCAUGGAGCAGACCAUCGCCGACGCCAAGCGCCAGGCCACCGAGGACGCCUUCCUGGUCAUCAACGAGCAGGAGGAGUCCACGGAGAGCUGCUGGAACUGCGGUCGCAAAGCCAGCGAGACGUGCAGCGGCUGCAACAUCGCCCGGUACUGCGGCUCCUUCUGCCAGCACAAGGACUGGGAGAGGCACCACCGGAUCUGUGGCCAAGGCCUGCAUGGCCAGAGCAAGCCCCUGGCUCUGCCCACGGGCCGGGUGGCAGCAGGUGCCAAGAGCCUCGACGGCGUCCCCAGCCCGGCCCUUGAGAAGACUUCGGCAACCACCUCCCGCUCCUCCACCCCAGCGUCUGUGACAGCAAUAGAUACAAACGGGCUCUAGGAGGGAGGCGUUGAUUCACUCUGUUUGAUUAGUUUCCUGAGUUUUUUUAAGCUGAAAAAGAAACCCACAACAACU